AUGCCGUCGUUCUCGCUGCCCCAGUUCGACGCCCGUCGUGUGCGCUCGUAUCUGUUCCGUCUGCCGCUGUGCACGCGUGCGCUUCUCGUGGUUAUAGUCGCUUUUUGGAUCGCCAGCCUUAGACUGGCCUGGUUCCAGCAAUGGGCCGCUCUGAUACCGAACGAGAUGAAUCUGGGGACUAGUAUCUACCGUCCUUCUGUGUCUUGUCGCUGCUCGUCUGACUCCCGUGCUNNAGUGUACCGACUGAAUACCUUUCCUCUGCUGCAUGUGGGCUUCGUACACAUGAUCCUCAACAUAUUCGCUUUGGCUCCGCUGCUCGAACGCUUCGAGGCCGAGAAUGGCUCUCUCCCGACUCUGCUCCUCUUUACUGGCCGUUCGUUCAUUCCGCUGUCCUCAAUUGGCUCCCUGUCUAACCAGUCUGCUNNAGCAUUCGGUCUUCUCCCUGGAGGAAGCUACACCUUGAUCGAGCGCUUCAUCUUCCGAUCAAACACUGCUGUCCAGGGCGCAAGGUCAGACGCUAACCACCUUCCUACAUUUGCUUCUGCUAAUUCCGUCUGCAGUGUCUGGGUCUUCCUUCUCCUGGCUUCCGAGUCCAUCAAGACAUACAAACAAAACCCCAACUUCGCUCUCGGCCCUUACAACAUUCCCACCUGGACCGCUCCCCUUAUCCUCAACCUCUUCGUCGCCGUCCUUGUUCCCAACACCAGCUUCCUUGGUCACUUGUGCGGUCUCGCCGUUGGAUACCUCUGGGGCUUGGGCUACGUUAAAUUCCUCGUACCUAACGAGAAGAUUCUGCGAUGGAUCGAGGGCAAGCUUAACCUGCUCGGUCGCCUUCCCCAUUACGUUUCGGUCGACCAAAAGACAUAUGGAAGAUAUGGUGUGCUGCCCACGACCGCAGCGCCUAGGCCGGUUCCCACUCUGGCGCCCCUGGGAAGUACUCAAAGACUUGGUCCUUGA